AUGUUAAUGCCUUCAUUCUCUUCUCAUCAUUCCCUUUUCUUCGCCACUUUUCUCAUUCUCAUCGCCGCGCAUCUCACCUUCAGCAAGCGCCUUCAUCCGUACAAAGGACGCAAAUACGAUCUCACCCUCUUUGUCAGGAAUCACAACGUCACAGAGGCCACAUUUUUCCGUUUGGUUGGAGUGGAUAACACGGCUGAUUUCAAUGUCUCCGUCGGUGGGACAUUUGAGCAUUCUUUUGAGGUGAGAAGAAAGGGCUACUGGACGCUUUUCGUCGAGUUUCCCGGGGAUCGAUACGCGAAAUCACCGAGAAAAAUCAUUUCCCGUGACUCUUAUCGAAAAUGGGUGAUGGAAGUGUAUUACUAUCCGGGAGCCGUCGGUUUUUCGGAGUGGCACAAGUCGAUUAGAUUAUCCCGUGAUACGAGUGAGAAAUUGAGACAAAAUUCUUCAAUUUCCCGCCAACACUGCCCUUUCCCAUUGCUCUUCAAACAGUUCAUCGCA